GCUAAUCCUAGCACAUGUAUUGCUACUCAUCUACAAAGAGUUAGGCGAGCGAGCGAUAGUCGCGAAAGCUCCUCCACUUAUAGCUUCAAUACCACUCCUUUCCUUUCCACCCCAAUGACAGCCAAUACUAGCCACCAGUCAUCUCUGGAAGCCGAGAUAGCUGAUCUUGAAAGCCGAUUGCGUACGGCUAGGUCGAGACUGAAUGUCAGUGAAGCUCCAAGUCAUUCAUCGCCAUCACAGCCUGUGCGACGAGCACAAGAUGAGGCUCUACAUGCUCUCCUCUUGCUAUCAGAUUCAGCCCUGCCACUAGGCUCUUUUGCCUUCAGUAGUGGCCUUGAAUCUUAUCUCGCGCACCAUAAACUGCAGACAUCAACGUCGGCCACAUCUCAGGCUGCUUCAUUCUCCAUCUUCCUUCAACUCUCUUUAUCGACGCUCGCGGGGACUGCACUACCUUAUGUAUUGGCUGGCUACCGGCAUCCAGAACAAGCCGAAACACUCGACAAUGAUUUCGAUGCAAGUACACCAUGCACCGUGGCUCGUCGAGCAAGCGUAGCGCAAGGUCGGGCGCUACUUACCGUUUGGGACCGGAGUUUCAAAGCAAAGUACAAUCAAAACAACGCAGUAGGAGAAAACAUCGCGGCCGACUCAUUGACAGCAUUUUCCAAAACAAUACGUUCCUCCGACGAGGUCAAUGCCCACUAUGCCCCACUGUGGGGUCUCGUCACUCGCGCUCUGGCUGUCCCACUACACGACGCAGCAUAUCUCUUCCUGUUUUCACAUGCGCGAACCAUCACGAGUGCCGCCGUUCGCGCCAGCGUAAUGGGACCAUAUCAAGCACAAGCUGUGCUUGCUGGAUCUGACUUACAGCAACGAAUUAAUGGCCUUGUUGAAGAUGGAUGGAACACACCUAUUGAGGACGCGGGUCAGAGUGUGCCUGUCAUGGAUCUAUGGGUCGGGCGACACGAAAAACUCUAUAGCCGUAUUUUCAAUUCAUAG